GCGCUUGCUGCCGAGCUGACCUGCAGCCUAGUCUGGAGGGGAGCGAGCCAUGACGGCGCUGCGGGGGCUCUGGCCCGAGGUGCAGGACACCUGCACCUCGCUGGGCUUGAUGCUGUCGAUCGUGCUGUCUGUGGCGCUGGCUCGCGUGGUCCUCCGGCGGCAGAUGCACAGGCCCAUGGCCCACAUCUUCAUCUUGGAGUUUCUGGCCACCUUCCAGCUCUGCUUCUGCACUCAUGAGCUGCAAGUGCUGAGCGAGCAGGAGCCUGCGCACCCCACCUGGCCGCUGACGCUAAUCUACUUCUUCUCGUUGGUGCAUGGCGUGACUCUGGUGGGCACCUCCAGCAACCCGUGCGGUGUGAUGAUGCAGAUGAUACUAGGGGGAAUGUCCCCCGAGAUAGGGGCGAUGAGGCUGUUGGCUCAGCUGAUUGGGGCCCUGUGCAGCAGGUACUGUAUAGGCGCCCUGUGGAGCCUGGGACUGACCAGGUAUCACGUCAGCGAGAGGAGCCUCACUUGCAGGAACCCCAUCCACGUCGACUUGCCCAAAGCCUUCGUCAUAGAGGCCAUCUGCUCCUUUAUCUUCCACAGUGCUUUGCUGCACUUCCAGGAGGUCCGAACCAAGCUUCGUAUCCACUUGCUGGCAGCACUCGUCACCUUUUUGGUCUAUGCAGGAGGAAGUCUAACAGGAGCUAUAUUUAAUCCAGCUUUGGCACUUUCACUACAUUUCAAGUGUUUUGAUGAAGCAUUCCUUCAAUUUUUUAUAGUAUAUUGGCUGGCUCCUUCUUUAGGUAUAUUGUCGAUGAUUUUGAUGUUCAGCUUGUUCCUUCCAUGGCUCUAUAACAACCAUACAACUAAUAAAAAGGAGUAACUAUUCCGAAAGACUCAGAUAAGUCGCAGGACAGUCCAGCUGGAUGUGAUAAAGAUUUUAUCACCUCUGGUUCAACACACUGGCUGCACUGGAUUCAUCAAUGUCACUUCCUUUCAGAAAGCUGCCUUAGUUUUCAUCACUGGGACUUAAAAAAAAUUACUGGGAAUGUGAAGCAUCCUGUAUUUCUCAGUUAAGACUUGUCCUUUUGAGUGUGUAUUAAAUGCUGCUGGAACAGACUCACUAAAUAUAAAUUAA